AUGGAGGAUGGCUUGGGGUUACGAAAAUUCUGCGAAUGUAACAGUGUUGUGCCUGAGGUUUAUCUGGCUCUUGUUCUCCACCACCAACUCACUUUGGGUUAUGUGGCACAAACAUCACCAUCUCCGAAAUGCAAGCGCAAGGCCACUGACUCGACAUCAUGGAACUCGAUCCUUACUCUAAGACCUUUAGCAGAGCAGUUCCUCAAAUGCAGAAUAAAUGAUGGGGUUGAUUCAAGGUUCUGGUUUGAUAUAUGGACUCCGUUCCGACAGCUUAUUAAGUAUCUCGGUGACUCGGGUCCAAGAGAUAUCAGAUUACCUCUCUCUGCAUCAGUGAAAGAUGCAACAAACAAGACAGGCUGGACGCUUCCUCAACCAAGAUCAGAUAAUGCUAUGGUGCUCCAUAUUCACUUAACUACCGUGCAAUUACCUCUCCAGCAGUCUAUCCUAGAUUCUUUUCAUUGGAUAGUUCAGGCCAAGGACUGCAAAGGUUUCUCUUCUUCGAAGACUUGGGAGGCAGUAAGGCCAAGAGCUGAGGAAAAAGUAUGGGCUAAAUCAGUGUGGUUCACUGGAGCAAUUCCAAGACAUGCUUUCAAUACGUGGCUAGCAAAUCUCAACCGACUACCGACGAAACACGACGCUCUAGAACCGGAUCUUCGCACGGCUAGACCCUCAUCGUACGACUUUCCUAACAUGGGAAGAGCUCUUGUCAUGGCUACGAGUCUCCUCUGCAUAAACACCUUCAACCCUAAAGAAGAUAGCUACUCAAUCCAUUUUCUACAAUGUCUGGAGGCAGCGUAA